AUGGUAUCGUCAACGGAUCUUCUCAUUUUAGGCUUGGGCGCUGUUCUGGCGGUCUUGUACCUUUACAAGGAUUCCAUCUUUGGUAGUUCGGACGCUUCUGCUAAACUUGCAAAUGGCUUAGCAAAUGGUUCAACUGGCGAAGAAGGAGGAAGUGAUUUCGUUUCAAAAUUGAAAAAUCAAAAUAAACGAAUUGCCAUCUUUUAUGGAUCUCAAACAGGUACAGCAGAAGAAUAUGCUGUAAAAAUUGCAAAAGAAGCAAAAGCUCGAUUCGGUACAUCAUCUUUAGUCUUGGAUCCGGAAGAAUAUGAAUGGGAAAAAUUGGACGCUUUACCCAAAGAUUCAGUCGCUAUUUUUGUCAUGGCAACUUACGGUGAAGGUGAACCAACAGAUAAUGCAGUCGGCUUGAUGGAAUUCUUGAAGGAAGACAGCAUCACAUUCUCACAAGGUGAACGAUUGGACAAUUUGAAUUAUGUCAUCUUUGGUCUCGGUAAUCGUACAUACGAACACUUCAACCAAGUUGCGCGCGAUUUAGACAAGAAAUUGCUCGACCUUGGUGCUCACAGAAUCGGUGAAAGAGGUGAAGGUGAUGAUGACAAGAGUAUGGAAGAAGACUACCUCUCUUGGAAAGAUGAUAUGUUUGAAAAGCUUGCAAAGGAGGCCAACUUUGAAGAAGGUGGCGGCGGUGAAGUUCAAGAUUUCCAAGUCACCGAAUUAUCAGAUCACAAAGAAGAAGCAAAGGUUUACAAGGGAGAAUUGAGCGCUCGUGCUUUGUUGGGUACAAAGGGUAUUCAUGAUGCAAAGAACCCAUACGCAGCUCCAGCUACUACUGCACGAGAACUGUUCGCUAUGGAUGGCGAACGUUCUUGUGUUCACAUGGAAUUCGACAUUGAAGGAAGCGGUAUUUCCUACCAACAUGGUGAUCACGUUGCCGUUUGGGCAAACAACCCAGAGAGUGAUGUUGACCGUAUGUUGGCAAUUCUCGGUCUUACUGAAAAACGCAAUACUGUCAUCAGUGUAGAAAGUUUGGAUCCUACUUUGGCAAAGGUACCUUUCCCUGUGCCUACAACAUACGAAGCCGUCUUCCGCCAUUACCUCGAUAUCUCUUCUCACGCUUCUCGUCAAUCGCUCGGUAGCUUGUCCAAAUAUGCCCCAUCUGAAGCAGCCGCCAAAGAAUUGGAAAAGAUUGGUUCAAGUCGUGAUUAUUUCAAUCAAAAAGUUGCUUCUCGUUGCCUAAAGACAGGUGAAGCUUUGCAACUUGUGGCCGGCGACGACCCAAAGGGCGAUUUGAGCAAGGCGACUGUUUGGAACAUUCCUUUCGAUCGUGUCAUCUCCAGCAUCCCGCGUCUCGGUCCACGUUACUAUUCGAUUUCCUCCAGUCCAAAAUUGCAUCCUAAAUCCAUUCAUGUUACCGCUGUCGUCUUGCGUUACUUACCAAAAGAAGGCCAAGAGCAUAUUUAUGGAUUGGCAACCAACUACUUGACCCAGGUCAAGGCUCAACUCAAUUCUGAACACCCUGACAAACGAUUCAACACGCCCAAAUAUGCCCUUGAAGGUCCUCGUGGAGCGUAUAACCGCGAAGGUGUCAUUCGUACACCUAUUCAUGUCAGAAGGAGUAACUUCCGUUUACCAACAUCCCCAAAGAUUCCAGUGAUCAUGGUGGGACCUGGAACGGGUGUUGCACCUUUUAGAUCUUUUGUGCAAGAGCGUGUUUCUGCAGCACAAAAGUCUAAAGAUAAAAAUGGUCCUCAAGCUUUGGCGGAUUGGGGACAAAUUUGGUUAUUCUAUACAUCUCGAAGACGUACGGAAGAUUUCUUGUAUGAAGAAGAAUGGCCAAGAUAUGCGGAAGAAUUGGGUGAUCGAUUCAAAAUGGUUACCGGUUUUAGUCGUGAACAAUUCAAAUCGGAUGGAAAGUCAAAGAAAUACGUUCAAGAUUACAUCUUGGAAAAUGGACAGGCAUUGGCAGAGGAUAUCUUGCAACGUAAAGCUUAUGUUUACGUUUGUGGUGCAACAGAUAUGAGUCAUGACGUCGAAAAAGCAUUUGUUCAAAUAUUGGCAAAAGCAAAAGGAUCAGAAGAAGAGGGUAAGAAAGAAGUUAAAACACUCAAAGAACGUUCUCGAUUCUUGCAAGAUGUGUGGAGUUAG